AUGAAGCAGACUCUUGCCAUCAUCUAUGCAGCGGUGUGCAUGCGGAUGUCCUUGGCUGCCGAAGCCGGUUCUCCGAAGUGUGUAGCCGCUGACCCCACAGCGUGGAACUUCGACGGUGAGGUGACACUUGGGGCAGGACAGACAGCGGGAGUCAAAUGCCUCAUGGAUGGAGUCGAGCCCAAUUUUGAGUCGAUCUCCUGCCCGUCCGCCAGCUUGAGGGGCCAGGACAACGAGGUCAUCGGUCAUGAGAUUGCAUGCGAGGGUCGCAGGUUGGCGGAAGCAAAUGAGACGAACGUGACUUCGACCAUGACAUCGACUAUGACAUCGACCAUGACAACCACGGACCCGAAUGCAACCACCACGACGACCGCAGCAGGAGGUGCCUCGAUCAAUGGAGCUACGGGUGACUCCGUGCUGGCCAUCUUGAGUGCCACGCUUUUGGCUUGCCUUCAAGCGGAGCUUGCGCUGGAGCUUCGAGACGUCCUGGGCCUCACACAUGAGGACACCAAGCAGGCCGUGUACAUGCUGAAGACAGGAAGCCCAGAUCUCCUGAAAGCGGCACGCUCCGUGAUCCGCGGGGAGGCAGAGGGCUUGACUCUUGUUGGAGAGGUGGUGCCGCUGAUGGACACGCUUUCUGCGCAGGAUGAUGGAGGCGAUUUGGCUCUGGCCAAGCGCCCGAGGUGCAGCGCUGGUAUAGUACCUUUCGCCAGUUCUCCGCACAAGAAUCGACAGCAGCAGCGGGCAACAUUUGCAUGCGUUGGGGGGGGCAACGAGAAACGUCCACAGGCGGCCACCAUCAACGCAGAGACAGGCAGUUCCAUGCUAGUUCCGGCUGGCCGUCCAGAUGCGGUGCUCCGGGCACUGCAGCCGCUGCUUGUCACCUGGCGGGCAAUGCCGAACAGCUUCCGAUAUUUUGCAUUCCCUGACCUCAGGCAUCGAUACACACUGCGCGCCUGCGGACGCCUCUUGACCUUUUUCUGGCUGCUGUUGGACUUGAAAGCGGAUCACUGCCCAGAAGCCAGUGCUGUGCGUGAACUGGUAGACCUUGAGGCCAGUUGCCAGUUGAGCCAGUUCUGGUCUGCUGUCAUUAGGAGAACAUGCCGUGACUUCGUCUACGAAGACGGCCUCUUUCACUGGGUGGGCGGCAGCCUCCUCAGCUUGGUGGGAGUUCCACGAUCCAACUGCGGGCUGGCUUUGUGGCUCAAGCCUUGUUGUGAACUGAGCGCUUUCCGCAAGCACUUGGACUCCCUCAGCUGGGAGUUUGAGAGGCUUCUCCAGGAGAACCAAGCCCUGAAGCAGCAGCGCAAAGAGGACAUUGCUUGCGAGGAGACUGAUGGCAAGGUGAGUCAGGCAGAAGAUGAGUUGCGCUGGCAGAGCUCGGUCUCCUUCACGGAUCUUUCUUCCAUACUGAGGACAGAUGCGGCUUGGCCAGCACGGCCGACAGGUCAGGUUGUCAGAGUGGUGGAAGGAGCUGCAAAGCAGACCGGCAUUUCCACGGCAUCGACCAUGCUUCCUCCUUCGGAGGGCGACGUUGGGACUGGCCCAAGCCCAAGCAGCCCGUGCGAGCCGUGCGAGACCAGCAAGUGGCGGUUCACCCAGGCCAUGAAACAGAGCAGGGCAUCAACGACACAGAUGUGCCUGUUACCGACUGUGGCAGACUUGAAAAACAUCAUCCGCGAAGAGCUAGAGAAUCAGGGCGACCAGGAAGCCGUGGAGGAGAGGUACAAGCGUGAUGGGGUUUUUGCAUGCAUCGCGAGGUCAGAGGUCUUCGAGCACCUGAGCAGCCUAAUGAUCGUCUUCUACGCGAUCUGGCUAGCGGUGGACAGCGACUGCAACCCCAACGUCGUGAACACAGACACAAGCUCGGUGUUCUUUUGGGUCGAGCAGCUGUUCUGCUUCUUCUUCGUUGUUGAGCUCGUCAUCCGCUUCAUUGCUUUCAGCAACAAGUGCAAGUACAGCAGGGAGUUUUGGUUCCUUUUUGACGUGUUCCUGGUCAUGUCCAUGGUGAUCCAGGUGUGGAUUCUGCCCCUGAUAGACCUGAUGCUGCAGAGCACCCACGCAGGCUCUAUCCUGGGGAACAGCAGCGUCAUACGCGUUGCGCGGCUGCUGCGGCUGUCGCGGCUUCUUCGCAUGUCACAGCUCUUGCACCUGAUACCAGAGGUCUUGAUCUUGGUGAAAGCCAUCGUUGCAGCUCUACGCUCUGUAGUUUUCACGCUGGCCUUGCUUUUCCUGCUGCUGUAUGUCUUCGCCAUAGCAUUCACCCAACUUACACGGGGGACGCAAUGUGGAGCACAAUAUUUCAUGAAUGUUCCGGCGUCGAUGCAGAGCCUUUUCAUCUCCGGAGCACUGCUCGAUGACAUCGGCAGCCUGAUGCAUGACUUGUUGGACGAGGGGCUCUACACCACGCUGGCCUUGAUGUAUGUCUUCGUCAUCAUGUCAUCCAUUACUGUCAUGAACAUGCUGAUUGGGGUCAUGUGCGAAGUGAUCUCUGCCGUAGCCCACGCUGAGAGGGAGACGAUUCAAGUCAACUGGCUAAGACAUACGCUCGAGCGGGUUGUCGGAAGCUCCAACGGCUACAUCACUCAGCACAAGUUCUUCGAGAUUCUUCGUGAUCAGCAAGCAGCUGAUGCCAUGAAGGCCAUCGGCGUUGACAUGGUGAGCCUCGUCGACUUUGCAGACCUCAUCUUUGAGGAACAAGGCAUGCCCAGGGGGGGAGAUGAUGCAGAGGCGCAGGAGAUACGGAUCUCAUUCAGUGACUUCGUGAAACAAGUGCUCCUGCUUCGGGGCAGCAACACCGCCACGGUCAAGGACAUGGUUGAUCUUCGUUGGUGGCUUUCGAAGUCACUUCAGAGCAAGCUGGAGGCCACCGUGGAAAAAAUUCUGAUUGGUCAUAGUGGCCAGCCUUGCAUCAACAAGGCUAAUUCAGCGCCCAUGUGA